CAUAUUUCGGUCGGCAACAUCAUAAAACUACCGGCUUUCGGAAAGUGAAGUUAGCUUUGGGAGUUGAUAAAAGAUGAGCAGGUCAUCAGAAAAGAAUCGGCGGUGGAGUUUCAAUUUGUGCUAACAGUGGCCUAGAUGCUUUGGCAAAACAGAUUGAACAGUGAUGUGAUUUUAUACGCUGCCAUUAAAGUGUGGGAUGUGUUGCAGUAUGUUUUAGCACUGCGCGUCACCACGACAUCAUCAAUGGUUGUUUAGUGCUCUGGUUUGGCCUUUGUUUUCCACAGCUUCCAGAAUUGGCUUUCAUUGGUCAUUUUCUGUUGGUAUGGCCUUCAGUCUUCAAAAGUGUGUGUGUAUGUAUGUGUGAAAAAGGAAAAGGGAGAGAUAUAAACGAACAUUUUAGUGUUAUGUUGCGAAGCGUACCAGCAUAAAUAGUCAACGUAGAAAUCAAAACAAAAAAUUGCGCACAGAAAAACCUAGCCCACAGAAUGACCAGCAUGGAGCCGGAUGAAUUAAUCGUUGUCCGGGUUCAGUACCUGGUAGACAAUGAUCCGUUCAACAGUCUGUCGAUGUACCCUGUUCCGUCACGAGCUCCUCUUUUUUCGUUUGCUAGUGCUGUUCCAUUAGCCACCCAACUUGGAGCGCUGCUUAGACAUCUCGGAGCACCACAAAGGCUUGACGAUGCAGCAUUACAAGUCUACAAAGACGGCGAUUAUGGAGCUUACCUAGACCUGGAAUCAUCACUGGCUGAGCAAUCAGAAGAUGUUGAAGAUCUUAACUCGAACCGCAAAAACUCUCUGCUCAUCCGUACUCAGCUUAGUGUUCGUGUUCACUCUAUCAUUGAAAAACUUCUCUCAUCCGAGGGCCGCGAACUGCGGCGACUUCUAUUCUCGUUGAAACAAAUCUUUCAAGAGGAUAAAGACCUUGUGCACGGAUUUGUGGCCCACGGAGGUCUAAGCUGUCUGGUGCAAAUUGGAAAUGAUGCAGAUCAAAACUACCAAAACUAUAUCCUACGCGCCCUCGGUCAAGUAAUGCUUUACGUCGAUGGUAUGAACGGAGUGAUGAACAAUUCAUCCACGAUUCAGUGGCUCUACUCGCUGAUUGCAUCCCGCUACCGACUAGUUGCUAAGACGGCUCUCAAAUUGUUGCUCGUUUUCGUCGAGUAUUGCGAGAGUAACUGCUAUCUUCUCGUUAGCGCCAUACGGUUUGUCGAUACCGCGAGCGCCGUUGUGCCAUGGAGCAAAAUUAUGUGCUUAUUAAAAGACUACGAAAAUGGUGACACGGAGUUACUGAUUUAUGCAACAUCGUUGAUCAACAAAACGCUCUCGGGCUUGAGCGACCAAGAUAGCUUUUACGAUGAGAGCGACUUUCUCGAACAGCAGGGAUUCGAGGGUAUCAUCCAACGCUACAUGUCCCGAUCCGGUACCGAUCUCGAUCUGCUCGAUCAGUUGCAACUGUACGAAAAUGUUCUCCGAUUUGAAGAUGGUGAAUCCGACGGUAUCCGGAUUCCGGAUAACACUGUCCGAAAAACGCUUCGGUAUCGGGCUGCUGCCGGAAAUGACACGACGGAUCGGAGAAAGUCACGUCGUCAUAGCACUGGAACCACUCCCGCUAUCGUCGUUCAUCCACAUGUCGUAUCAUUUACGCCGUCCCAGGUACCAUCUUCUGCGAUUUAUUCGACAUGUUCGAAUGGGCUUUCGGCCGCUCCUCCACCACCACCUUUGCCUCCACCGGUUGAACCCGUUCAAAUAUACGGUGGGCUGCAAUUACCACACCAGCGGGUGGCUCAGGACGAGGACAGCUCUAGUUCGGCCAACAGUGGCGACCAUCUUCCUGGUAGUAGUUUUCACGAUCCGUCUCGUGAUACAAAUGGUGUGACACCAGGGCUGCGAAGGCGUCGCGAGCGAGCGGAACGCCAAAAGAGUUUAAUGCGCGAACAGCAGGAGCUGGCAAACUUCCAUAACGAAAUGGUCGCUCACGGUGAAGAAGCCUCAGCGAAUGAAUACAAUGGACCACGAAGCGGAAUUCACUGCAAAUCUAACGAAUGGUUUCCCAAUGGAGCUCCAACAAUACACGAAGAGGGCGGCUAUCAUCGAGACGUUGAGAGUAAUGUGAACACUGUUCAAGUUAUUUCUCAUAAACCACUGAAUCCCACCACUGGCGAACUAUACGGUAACGGAAGUUGUAGCGCCGAUGCGACCAUGCCACGGCAGUUCCAUGCGGUUGAAUACCGCAAUAGUAGAAAUAUGUUUCUUCACAAACAUUGUAGUAGUUUUACGAACUCUACGCUUUCAAAUGACGUAACUACGUAUGACCGGUGGAUAGUUGAUCUCAAUGAAAAUGUUAGAAGUACACGAAGCACUAACAGUUCUCUGCCAGAGCAGGACACCGAAAAUAAAAACCCGAAUAUUAAUUUACAAAAUUCGUAUAUCAGACACCUGAGCAACAGUAAAGAGUUGUCAGACGUCAGUGGUAACCGCAGACCUGCUCUUUUGGGGUUCGAUAAAGGGACUGGAAGCAUGGCAUUGAAUGGAACACAAUUUGAGAUGUCCUUAGGGCUAAACCGUCAGUCGCUUCAAGUAGAAUCAGACAACGAAGAAAAGAAACUGAUCCGGCAGCUAAAGAAAGACCACACUGUGAAGGAUCUAACUCAGAAGCUGACCAGUAUGCCAAUCAGCCCCCAGGAUGAAAAGCGCCAGAACCACAUCGGGGACAUGUCCGGACUAAUUUCUAAAGCCAAAGAAGGAUUGGCCAAAAGUAAAAGCAACAAGGAUAUUUCACGCUCACCUAGUGCUGACAGUGAAAUCAAGAAACUGGGAAAUGGCGAAACAAAGAAAUCAGAAAACGAGCUUCACUGGGAAGAAAUUGUGAAGAAUAUGACGCGCAAACUCAGUCUUUGCGAUCUAGACUUUACCGAUCUGACGUCGGAAGACGACAAGGAUCUUUUGGCACCACGAGCUUUCGGUGGCGUCGUUCCUCCACCUCCGCCUCCUGGUGGUAUGCUGAAGAACGGAAUGCCACCACCACCGAACAUGAUACUUCCUUCGCCCAAAAAUUUACUGUCAUUUCCUGGCGGGCUGAUUAAUGCUACCGGUGUUUCCCAGCUGAACACCGAAGAAAGCAAUGCUUCGACUACAAUAAAAAAAAACAAAAAGACUGUAAAGUUAUUCUGGAAAGAAGUUCGGGAUGACAUGAUCCCGACGACUCUUCACCGAACCAUCUGGGAUGAGCUACCGGAGGCUGUGGUUGAUACUCAAAAGCUCGAACAUUUGUUUGAAUCGAGAGCCAAAGAUUUGUUGACCAAGAAGCAACAUGAGUUGAACAAGAAUAAAGAAAUCAUCGUACUUGACCACAAACGCUCGAACGCGAUCAACAUAGCAAUGACCAAGCUUCCACCACCGAGAGCCAUUAAGGCAGCCAUUCUAAAGAUGGACUCUACUGUUGUGACACGCGAAGGCAUCGAGAAACUUUUGAAUAUGCUACCGACAGAUGAAGAACGGUGUAAGAUUCAGGAGGCACAAAUGAUCAAUCCGGAGCUGCCACUCGGUACGGCCGAACAAUUUUUGCUGACACUGUCGUCCAUUUCGGAGCUAGGGGCCCGGUUGAAGUUGUGGGCCUUCAAACUAGACUUUGAGAACAUCGAAAAAGAGAUAGCGGAACCGUUAAUGGAUCUCAAACAGGGUAUAGAAACACUGAAGAAAAACCUCACGUUCAAGUGCAUCCUGUCGACUUUGCUGAACAUCGGAAUCUUCCUGAAUGGAGCCCCAGUGAAAGGAUUUCAAAUCGAAUACCUAGCAAAGGUACCGGAGGUGAAGGAUACGGUUCACAAACACUCUCUGUUGCAUCACCUCUGCCACAUGGUUAUGGAGUCGCAGGUUAACACCACUGAUCUAUACUCGGAAAUUGGUUCUAUAACACGUGCUUCGAAGGCGGACUUCAACGAACUCGCCCAUAACAUCACCUAUUUGGAGGCAGAGUGCAAAGCUUCUUGGGACCGGCUUAAACUAAUAGGCAAACAUGACAUGGCUCCACACUUGAAGCAGAAACUGAUCGAUUUUCUGGCCGAUUGUGCAGAACGGAUCAUAAUCCUCGACAUCGUGCACCGACGGGUGCUAAAUAGGUAUCGAAAAUUUCUACUAUGGUUAGGUGUGCCACAGUUGCGUAUUUCCGAAUCGCGCCCGAACGAGUUUUGUCGGAUCGUAUCCGAGUUUGCGUUGGAGUAUAGAACGACACGCGAGCGGGUCCAGCAGCAGAUCGAGAAGAAGGCCAACCAUCGAGAGAGAAACAAGACUAGAGGCAAGCUGAUCGUCGAUGUCACCAAGUUGAAAACGCAGGAGGACCUUGCGGAUAAUCAACUACGGACGCUACUGGGGAUACCGACGAAAGGUCCUGGUGGUGACGAAGUUGAUAUGAGUGGAACUCUAACCUGGCGCAGACGUCGUGGAGAGGCGACAUCCUCACCAGUAACGAGUCUCACCACAUCACAACCUACUGUAGAUAAUCUGUUGCACAAUGUUGUUUCGAGCGGUGGACGUGACGAAAGCUUUACCGACGGGGACGAUGAAAUUCUGGAAUCGCUAGUAAAGACUGCCACUAAAACGGGCACCGCGCGUCCUAUGCAAAGAGAACGGAAGCGAACCCGCCAAGCAGUUCGGAAAUCAUUCAAAAGAUCUAGAACACGCGAAGGAUUUACGAUGGAGCGUACUGGAAGCUCGCCACCUCUUUGAGAUGCAUACAGAAGGCUCAACGACUAGCUUCCUAGUACCUAAUUUUAUACCCAAUUUUCUUAAGCUAGUUACCAAAAGAAGACUUUCCACUUUUUCAUUCGAUUGAUUCGAAGUUAUACAUACCGUACGACGCACGCUGAAGAAUGGAUUAUCGGAAGAGGAAAAGCAACAUGUUGCCUCGUUAAUAAAAGGAUAUUGAAUUUGUGGUAUCAUCUAGCUGCGGAAGACGACGUCGGUACUUACGAUUCUCAUUGGUAGCCACGCACUAAUGCGAAGGCGUUAUCGCAAUGUUAGGAAUGGAUGACAUUUAUGUAACAAACACAGUAAUUUGAUUACACCUUUCCACGCUAUACUAUAAAGUAAAAGUAUGUGACCCGUUCGGUUAAACCAAAAAUAUUAACGAGCUAUUUAGUCUGAAUGCUUCGUUUUUACCAAACGUUUUGUUUCCUUUUUCUUUCUUUCUUACAAAGAAGAAACGUGUCAAAACAAAUGUCAUCAACAGUGCAAUCAUUUAUUGAACAAUUGCCACGAUCAGCGUGUGCCCAUCUGUAAAUUUGUUUAACAAUUUCUGUAAUUCAUUUGAGGUACUUUUUCGGCUCCAAUAUUGCUCGAAUCACAUUUGUCAUACAGGUCUCACGCCGUUGGGCCAAGAAUAAAAGUAAACUAGAAAUAGAAUAAAAGUAAACUCGAGAUACUAGAAAUUACAGUAAAGUGGACAAAAGAAGUAACUAUAAAUAGGAGCAGAUAAAAAAGCUUCGUUUUAGAACAAAAUCAGUUAAACCGAAGCAACUGUUUUACAGAAAAUGUAGCGAGAAGUAUUUUUAACAAGGUUUAUGUUGGAACAGUUUAGAACGUUGAUUACAUAAAUUGGCAAUUUCAUCUAAUAUUGAUGAAAAAAAAAAUAAAAAUCAUGGUGUCUUCUUGAAUGAAAUUCAUGUCUUGAUUGAGUGACACUGAAAGUGAAACUCCAAUUAACAAGGUGAAAAAUUAUCAAUAUUGAAGCACUAACGCUAAUGUAUGCAAGUGUCGAAAACAAUUUUAAUUCUUCAACUACGACAGCAGUAUCACCGUUCGAUUGAAAUAUUCAUACAACGGUUUUUGCGCUGAAAAUUAUAAUUCAAAAAAUGAGUAUGCCGUUGUUCCUAUGAAAUAUUUAAACCUAGGUACUACAAUUUAUAAAAAAUCUCGCGUGGUGCCGCAUUUAGCGGUCAUGUAAUGAAGCUUUUUCAUUGUACCGAAGGUACUUUUCGUUCGAUUGUCUACCAUAA